CUGACGUAGUAUAAACACGGCAGAUGUGAAGGGGGGUAGAGCGCUGGGAGGAGGAGUUUGCGGGGGAUUCUCUUACUCGGCUUGUAUAUACCGCUGUGUUUCUAGUUUUGCAUAGUGAUAUUUUAAAAUAAGAACAUUUUUAUUGUAUGAAGUUGCACUAGUCAUUUCAAAAUGAGUAAUUUCAAAAGGAGCGAGAGCGAAUGGCAAGGGCUGGUGGGUGAGUAUUUGGUGUGUAAACGGAAGCUGGAGAGUAAGAAGGAAGCCCUGCUGAUCCUGUCCAAGGAGCUGGACACCUGCCAGCAGGAACGAGACCAGUACAAACUGAUGGCCAACCAGCUGAGGGAGCGGCACCAGUCUCUGAAGAAGAAGUACAGAGAGCUCAUUGAUGGUGACCCUUCUUUACCACCUGAAAAACGAAAUCAGGUGAAUCUUGCCCAGCUGUUGAGAGACUCCCGUGAACACAAUAAACAACUGGUAGAAGAAAUAAAGGAUCUGAAGCAGAGGUUGGGAGAAGCACUGGGGGAUAACAAGCUCCUCAGAAUGACCAUUGCCAAACAAAGACUGGGUGACGACGAGGCUGGAGCUCGUCACUUCCCUGCGCAUGAACGUGAAGACCUUGUGCAGCAGCUGGAGAAAUCAAGAGAACAAAAUGAGCAAUUGGAGCAUGACCUCCAGGCAUCAGUGGAUGAACUACAGGAUGUGAAAGCCGAACGCUCAUUUUACCAGGACAAAGCCAACAGACUGAACCAAGAACUCAAUCACGUCCUCGGAGGGCAUGAGAACCGAAUUAUUGAUGUGGACGCUCUGUGCAUGGAGAACAGAUAUUUACAUGAAAGACUAAAGCAAGUAGAAGAGGAGGUUAACCUGCUCAAAAUGAAUGUUGUCAAGUACAAGAAUGCCCUUGAGCGAAGAAAGAAUUCCAAGACAAGCAGCAGAUCUAGUAGCAGUGCCCUCACUGGGGUUCUGUCUGCCAAACAAGUUCAGGAAUUGUUAUCGGAAGGCAAUGGUUGCAGCUUGCCUGCUACUCCCCAGUCCAUAUCAGACCUGAAGUCCCUGGCUACUGCUCUCCUCGAGACAAUUCAUGAGAAAAAUAUGGUUUUACAACACCAGCGUCAAACUAACAAGAUUUUGGGUAAUCGUGUUGCAGAACUUGAGAAGAAGCUGAAAACAUUGGAAAUCUCUGGUUUGUGGAGUCUCCCAGGCCUGACAUACAAGGUGUCAUUGGGAUUCGGGAGUGGAAGGGAUACCAUAACACUGGCUGAGCCAGCUCUCGCUAUGAGUCAGAGGCCCAGAUCCCCUCUGCUUCAGUUAAUGGAACCGCAGCCACAGCUAAAGGCACAGCGUUCUGAAGCGCUGCGUCGCCCGAGCCUCCGAGAGAGAACGCCCGCGUUGUCCGAGCCCCUGAGAGAGAGCGCCGAGUUGCCAGAGUCCCAGCGAGAGAGCGCCGCAUUGCCAGAGCCUCCAAGAGAGAACGCUGCGUCGCCAGAGCCCCUGAGAGAGAGCACCGCAUCGCCAGAGUCCCAGAGAGAACGCGCCGCAUCACCAGAGCCUCCAACAGAGAACUCUGCGUCGCCAGAGCCCCCGGGAGAGAACGGCGCAUCACCAGAGAGAGAGCGCGGGAACAUCGCCAGAGCCCCCGGGAGAGAGUCUAGCGCCGCUGCCUGAGAGAGAGUACCCCACACCGUGGCUGCAGCACCCAACUCUCUCCAAACAAUAGCCAGGUUCUGAGGUUGCUGUUGGGGCUGCUCUGGCUAGCCUCUGUCUCACUAUGUGGAGAUGAGUAGUGGUCCAAGGGAGCCCAGAUCCAGGAGGGACUCUGCAUUGCGUUUCUCUCAAAACCCUCCGCUACUGGACUGAAGCAGGUUCUUCCCAGGCCGGGAAGUGUUUAAGCGGGGGACAGUGUAGCGUCAGGUCCUGUAGGACUUAUGAAUGGGACUUUUUGGUAUAUAUUUAGCAAUUAAUACAUUCCAUGAGAGAGCUUUCUUACGGAUUUUUUUUUAUUAUUAUUAUUUGUGUUAAGCUAUGUCUGUGUUUUUGUUAUUUUUUCCUCCGUACUUUUUUUUAUUACAUUUUGUUGGUGGCCAAAUGAGGCAGGCUGCACUCUCAGUGUUUUAGCACAACCUAAAAACAUAUUGGAAACCCAGUUUAAGAAAGCUGUAUGAUAUGAGCAGUCGCGCAAAGUCAGACGCAAACAUUUAAAUAUACCCUCCCGUAUUUUAAAAUUAAUUAGGUUAUUUGCAUUUGGAAUGACAAUUUCUCCGGCUAAAAAUAAAAAUAAAAUAAAAAAAAACUUCAUGGAAACACACACAACCCGAAAGUACUAUCAAAACAGAGUGACAAAAAGGUGAGACUUAUUUUUCUUUUUCCAUGGAAAUUGCCCCAUUAUUAGUUAAUUAUACAAAUGGAGCGUGCAACAUAUCAUCAACAAACAAACUACAGAUGGUGAAUUAAUAUGCAGACAUUUUCCUGUACAAUAUACUAUACAAUCGUGAUGUUAUUUCAUGCACUCCAAAAACAGGAGGGAAAUCAAACAAUGGUUUAAUAAAAAAAACAAAAACAUUGCCCCCCCCCCCCCCCCCUUAAUAGAAUAGAGAUAAACUGUAAUGGACAACAAGGGGACUAAUGCCAAAAGAUGAGCACAUUUAAAGGUCAUGAAGCCACACUAGAAAAUGGGCACCAUUUUUAUUAUUAUUAAGCUCACGUGUUGACCAUUAAUCUCCUGUUUCUCUUAACAGAUGACAGGAUAGAAAACAGUGAGCCGUCUGCAAGAGAACAGGGCACAGCUGAAGAGGACCAGCCUCAAAACUCACAGAAUUCACAGGCACAUCCAGAUGGUGACAUGCCGUUUUGUUUAGACAGCACAGGGCACAACACAA